CUGCCAAACAGUCCCACUGCCUCCCAACACGCGCUCGCUACAGCUGAGAAAAAAACCGAAAAUAAACAAAAUUGCAAUCAGCACGCAACAAGUGCAGGGAUUAUGGGAGUACGCGGCCUUACCAGCUAUAUAGCGCAACGCGCUGAGAUCUAUCUGAAGCCGUUCGAGCUGCACUCCACGGCCCUGGUCAUCGAUGGCGACAACUUGGCCUGCAAUUUGUACAAAGAUGUCACCGGCUGCUACUCGGCCUUUGGCGGUGACUACGAUGACUUCUAUCGCGCUGUGGUGCAGUUCUUUCAGGUGCUGGACGAGUGCAACAUACGGCCCUAUGUGCUCAUGGAUGGCGGCUACGAGGAGCGCAAGCUGCGAACCGUCGGCAAGCGACUGAGGGGCAAAAUCUCCGUCAUCAAGCGGAUCAAUCCGAAUGCUUCGAUUACGCUGUUUCCGCUGCACCUGAAAGAGGUGUUUGUGGAUGCCGUCAAGGACUGUGGCGUGCCCGUCAUGCGCUGCGUCUUCGAGGCGGAUGACGAGCUGGCAGCGCUGGCCCGGAAACUCAACUGUCCCGUGCUCUCGUACGACUCGGAUUUCUACAUUCACAACGUCAAGUACAUCCCGCUGAUCACGCUCACCGUCAAGGUGCUGACGAAGCAGGUGAAAGCGCACUCGAAGCCCAAGGACUCGCGGGAUCUGCGUCGCGCUCAGGCCAAGCACAUGGAGAAGCGAGCGAAGGCCAACAAAAUUGUGGGUGGCAUGCAGAGCUCGGCUCCAGGUGCUGUUGCCCCUCCAGCAAAGCCCGGCAAGACCUACAACUAUCUCGAUUGCUGCAUCUACCGCGUGGAGCAUCUGUGCGGACGUGGCACGCUCAGUGCGGAGAAGCUGCCGCUGUUUGCGGCGCUUUUGGGCAACGAUUACAUCGCACGUUCGGCGUUUAGAAACUUCUUUGCCGCUGGCAUGGGCAAGGCGGGACGCAGCAAGAAGUUGAAGCAGCAACAGCGACGCAUACGGGUGACCCUCCAGUGGCUGCGCGGCGAGACAGCGGAGUCGGCAUUGGGCAAGGUUCUAUCCAGGCUGAAAAAGUCGCAAAGGGAUUCGCUGGUGGCGCAGGUGCAUGCCGCCAUUGAGGGUUACUCCAAUGAGCUGUGCCAUGCGUACGACUUCUUUGAGGCGCACUACGAGAAUGCCUUCCCUUACAUAGAGCCGGUGAGUGAGGCGGAAGAGAGCGACGCAGAGGAAGCGCUGGACUUGGAUGAGGAAUUGUCAGAGGUGGAAGAGGAGGAGCAGCAGCAGGAGGAAGAGCACAACGAGGCAGCUGCCAAAUCGCACAGCGAGGACGAAGAAGAGGAGCCCGAACCCGAACUCGAAGUGGAAGACAAAACUUUAAUGUUCCCGCAAUGGUUCCUCGACAAACUCUAUCCCGUGCACCUCUCCCGCUUCUUUGUGGACCUCCUGCACCUGCGCAAGUACAUAAAUAACCCGCAGAUCGAACACUUUCCCCACCACGACUCCAAUGAGCUCGCGCUGCCCAUACUCAACUAUGUAUUUGCGCUGCUGCAUCAUGUGGAGGGCGCGGAGACAAAGCCGCGCGUGAAUGGUGAGGGUGUCGUCCAACCCAUUGAGUAUACCUACAUGACGCGUGCUGUGCGGGUGACCAAUGUGAGAUACUAUAAGAUGCCCAUUGAGGAGCCGCCUGCGUAUAGGUUUGUGCCUGCCGCACCGGAUGCCCGGCAUCUGAGAGCGAUCUUCGACUCCAAAGUGCCGCACGCGCAGACGGAACGACUGUUUGAGCGGUUGGAAUGCCUGCCGGAGGAUCUGCGCUUGUACUUUCUGGCCAUUGUCUACUGGCUGCAUCGCUCGGAGCACUGCGAUCUGCUGCAUCUGCAUGCGCUGCUGCUCUGUUUGGUUGUGCUGCGCACCAUCGAUGUCACCAUACCCGCCGAGCGUGAGGUCAAAGCUUUCCACCGGCGUUUCGGCAAGAUACUCAAGCAGGAGCGCGCCGUGCGGGACAAGGAGGCGGCCGAGGGCAUCAAGCGUGGUGUGAAGCCCUCGCUCUUGGAGCUGCCCGUGCCCGAGCGGAUGUCGCAUGUGCCCAAGUCCGACUGUUAUCUGGUGCAGGAGCGUCUGCUGCCCCACUUUCACAUGCAGGAGAUCUUCAAGAAGAAGUUUGAUCUGUACUCCACGACGGUGCUGCAUGCCUUCGCGGAGUUUCAAGCGGUUGUCUAUCAGCUCAACGGUCUGAACUCGCUGCUUGAUCACCCAGUGGCGAGUCCUCGCAUGAAUCAGCUCUACUGCGGCGCCUUGCUCUACAAUCUCUAUGAUCUGCUGAGGCAUCGCCCGGAUGUGCGUUACCACGUGCAGCAUUAUCUCCUCUCCGACUCCCAGCUGAUGUUUGAUUUUUAUUGCUUUCUGUUCGAUUGGUGUGCGGAUUUCAUACCCAGCUGGAAGCAGACGCAGGUGGAUCAGGCUGCCCUCAAAGUACAGCAAAAGAAGCGCUACAAAAAGGAGCGUCAGGCGGCUAGGAAAGCGGAGGCAACAGCCACAGCAGCGACUGAUGCCACAGCAGCUGCCAAUGCCGAGCCGGAGGAUGAUUUUUACGAUUUGAAUAACAAAUUCUGUGCACUGAAAGUGUGUUAAUGCUGAUGUUUGUUGUUAGUUCUAGAUGAUUUAUUAAAGAAAUUUGCAAUUGAAAA